AUGGAGAACAACCCCAUCAAGCUCGCCAUUGUGGUGAAGGUCAUCGGCCGCACCGGCAGCCGUGGCCAGGUCACUCAGGUCCGCGUGAAGUUCCUGAACGACCAGGAGCGUCAGAUCAUGCGGAACGUGAAGGGCCCCGUGCGUGAGGGUGAUGUGCUGACCCUGCUCGAGUCUGAGCGCGAGGCUCGCCGGCUGCGGUGA